AUGAUGGAUCGCACAGCACGGCUUCCACCAGAGACCCUUACCCAUAUCUUCCACUCAGUUCGUCGCCUAAGCAGGAUCCCUCCACUGGGCGAAACAUUCUGGAAUCGCCGAGCCUCAAAUUCUGAAAGUCUGUACUUUCUUGGCUGGUUAGUGGUCACUCACGUAUGUGCCCGCUGGCGUACGUUUGCCCUCAGCGACGCGACGCUUUGGGUGGACAUCCCUCUCGCACUUGGGCAGCAAUGGACGUCCGCAUUCCUUUCGCGGAGCAAGCAGGCACCUAUCUCAGUAGAUUGGAGCUUCGCCGAACUCAGGCCUUUUGAUUCCAAAUAUGAGGAGCGGUUUUUUGAUCUACUCAUGGCACACUACCCACGUAUGCGCGAACUCGAUGUAAGAUAUGCUGAAACUGUCCCAUUCAUUCAAAACGGAGCUUGGCCCACUCUUGAAACCGCUAGAUUGAUCUUCAGCGAGGGCCAUCAUACUACGCUUGACCUCUUCAAUGGCCACGCACCUCUUCUUCGAUCCCUAUCCCUCCAUACUCGAUUGCAAUUGCAUCAGUUCAAUUGGGCAAGUCCGAUACUCCAUAAUCUUAACUCCCUCGACAUCCAAUUCGACUGGGCCGUCGAUGCACAAUCGAUGCCCAGCUUCCUUGACGCUCUCUCCGGGAUGCCAAGACUGCGAGACCUCCGUCUCGUGGACUGGAGCGUCAGAGGCGAGAGCCCGCCUAUCUCUCCGUGCAUGGCGUGUUCUACAAGUCGGACCGUGACAGCAGCGCUGGAGACAUUUGUUUGUAAAACAACGCUCAACACCAUGUGUCAUGCCAUGAAUCAUAUCAUUUGCCCUCCAACUGUCCGCUUUCUACUUGAUCUGGGGCCAUAUUACGCGGAGGACAUCGAUCAGCUCGCAGAACUUGUACCCAUCCUGUGCCCCCUCCUGUCCAAUUGGUAUCAGGCUCUACCGCGCCCCAACCCAUUCGUCGCAGCAUGUAUUCUUGUGGAACCGGAAUGUGCUCGAUUGAGUGCAUCUCGUUCGUUGCACAACAUGGACGGCAUGGGCGCAACAUCGUCAUGGGUUUCGGACAUUCAUAACAUCGAAGCUGAUCUAAACCUCGCUUUACCGAUGGAUCUAGCGGAUUGGGCUUCGCCGAUGGUCGACAUAGUGCGGUCCUUGAUGCCCAGCACUCUACGUGUAUUGACCUUCGACUUCGGCUCCGAGUACCUACUCGACGAGCUUCGCCUUUCGGACACCCUCUUCAAAGGCGUCGAGGUCUUGCGCUUGCGAGACGCCACGGCGCUUCCGGAGAUCCAUAGACAUUUUCCUAAGCUUUCUGUGCUAGAAGUGCAGGAGCCUCAGUUGCGGAACAUCGUCUACAGAUGGGACGAUAUCACCGGUGUUCUCAAUGGACGGGGCGAUCUGCGUCCCAUACGCUUUCUGUACCUCCAUGUGGCCGAAGAAGUUGAAUCUGUGCGACGUGGGGAGAUCUCACGGACGAGCUGCAAUGCCCUACCGCCGAGGAUUUCGCAGGACGAGAUCAAGUCCGUGAUCGACGAGAUGGAGGCCGUGCCGGAGAUACGCGUUGUGACCGAGAAUGAAGGGAUUGACUAUGAGGCCAUUCUUGAAUGUUGCCGCGAAGCACAGUGA